AUGGCCCUUGACACCAAGGAGGCAGCUAUCUUCUCCAUGACUCCUCCACCCAGCGAAUUUGACGAAUUCGAUAAGAGUGGCCUGCUUACCUGCUCACCUGCUCACCCUGUCUUUACCUACCCUUCGCCGACUCCUUCAAGUAGAGACCACGCUUCAUCGGUCUCUUCAGAAUCACUAUUCAUGCUACCUGGCAUGUCUUCGAUGUCUGCCGAGCAUCAAUCCCACGACCUUCAACAUCUACCCUUCGAGGACGCCACUACGUCCGAUUCAGCUUCUUUUUUCUCUCUUCCGCCCGUCACUGAUCCUGCCAUGGCAUUUCCCGGGACCUCGACUUCUGGUGCCGGUGCGACUUCGUACGAUUUGUAUGAGCAGAACAACUGGUACGGUUUCCCCAACUACUCUCAACCGCAUCCCAUCAUGUCAUACGACCCAUCCCAUUCGACUCCCUUUAACGGCUAUGGUGGGCAUUCGACGCAGCCGUCUUUGGCCAAUAUCAUUCCCCCUACCCCUCAGGAUAUACAACCCACUCCUUUCGACUUCAAUGCACCAUCACUUGGGGGGGCAAAUGGCCACUUGGUCGCCUCGCCAUCGUUCUCUCACAUCUCUCAGCCCAGCCGGAGUAGCAUCUCCUCACUGUCACGGUCGUGUAGCCCCAAUCCGCCCGUUUCCAAAUCCAUCUCGGGAGACUCCACCAUGCUCCGACCUCCUGUCCGAUCACACUCAACCUCUUCAAAUUCUUCUCUACACCAAUAUGGCAUUCCAGUAACAGACGCACCGUCCAUGAUUCAUGGUGGAAUGUCCCCUUCAUCGGCAGGUUCGCCUGGUGGUACACAAGCCUGGCGAUGUGCCUACCCUGGAUGCACAUCUCGCGCAACCUUCACACGAGGGUGCGACCUACGCAAGCACUACAACAGGCACAGCAAACACCUGUACUGCCGUGUUGACGGAUGUCCUCAGAGCGAAGCUGCUGCGGCCGCCCGAGCUAAAUCGGUCGAGCAACCUCUCGGCGGAGGCUUCUCCAGCAAAAAGGACCGGGCUCGCCACGAGGCCAAGCACAGCCCCAGCAUCAAAUGUGAAUGGAGAGGUUCAGAUGGUGAAGAGUGCCCUCGCGUCUUCUCCCGCAUGGACAACAUGAAAGACCACGUCAGGAGGAUACACCUCAAAGAACAUGGCCACCAGUCACAAAAACCUGGCCCCGUUCGAAGUUCAGGUCGAAAGUGA